AUGGAGCAACAGUUACGUGUGUGGCUGCGUUAUUGCAUACCCUUAGGCGUUUACUUGCGAGAAAAUAAUGAGAACACAGCAAAAAUAAUAACAAUAAGAAAUAAUAAGCGUGACAGAGAUCACAAGCAAGAAGCUUGGUCUCAAACGCGGCAGCAAGUCACUGUGAACGCGCGUCUACAACAAUUACACGUGUCUUUUUUGCUCUGCACCAUUUGUGUACUCUACACGCAUGGCCUGUACUGGCGUGGCUACAUACCGGGUCUCAUGCUCACUUGGAUAACAUCAACAGUUAUAUUCACUUCGCAAAUAUGCACGAAUCUGCUCAUUAUAAUGGAGACGAUUUGGAAGAGGUCGCAGCAUGAAACCUUUCUCACGCUACUCGACGAGAUUGAGGUAUCGCUGAAACUACGUUUGCGUCAAGAUGUGCAACGGCUGGCGCUAUGCAGGAAUAUGCGUGCACAUUUGGUGCAUCUGCUGGUCAUCUCACUCGCCGCCAUGACACUUUUCAUCAUCACCUCGCUGUGGCUCAAUUAUAUCGGCUACUUUUGGCACGGACUGUGGUCCAUAGUGACCAUGCGUUUGCGAUUAAUACAAAUCAUCAUGUACGUACGUAUCUUGCGUCACUAUCUGCGUUGCCUUUGUGCGAAAUUGUGUCAAAUUGAGGCGUAUCGUAGGGCGCCGGACCAACAGAUGUUGGAUAUUAAUUAUGAGAGGUUGGCCUCAUUGGAAUAUCUGUUGGCCGUUAAGGAGAUCUACAGUCUAUUGCAUAGGUGCUUUCGUUUGCUGAACAAUUUUGCCGGCUGGUCGCUGUUCAGCAUUAUAACCUGUUAUAUGUUCGAUUUUAGUUGCAAUGUAUAUUGGACGCUGUUGAGCUUUGAUGGCUUCGCACGUCGACGUUACUAUUAUAUUGCCGGACCGGCCGCCAUGUUUCCGCUGAUUGCGCUCAUUUGUCAUUUGUGUUAUUUGUGUGAUAAUUGUAUGAAGUUGGCUCAAAGGGCAGCGCAUUUACUGUGUAGAAUACAGAUAAUGAGCAAUGCGGCGCCUUUGCGCUCACAUCGUCUCGUAUUGUAUCAACUAUCUACACAGUUACAACUACAACGCAUGGAGGUGACUGGAAAGCAUUUCUUUACAUUGGAAUUACGCUUUUUGAUGGCGAUCUUCACAGCAAUUGCGAUGAAUUUGGUGAUCCUCAUACAGUUUUUGAAGUCGUAA